AUGGCUUCACUGCGAUCUUGGUUUAGCAUACCUCGUGGAUCGCACUUCUCACUAGCAAACAUCCCCUUUGGUGUCAUUUCAACAGCAUCAUCCAAGUCACCGCGGGUCGCAGUCGCCAUUGGAGAUCACGCUCUGGAUCUCGAAGUCUUUGCCGCAAACAAUGGCUUCUUAGGGCUCUCAACAAUACAGCCGCAUCAAGCUGUCUUCUCACAAUCGUCCCUGAACGCUUUUGCAGCACUUGGUCGGCCAAUUCACUCCGUGGUUCGGAAGUACAUCCAAGGUGUCUUCUCUGUGGACACGACAUACCCGGACGUCCUGAAGAAUAAUGUUGCACUUCAGAAGCAAGCCCUGAUACCGCUAAAAGAAAUCAAAGCACAUCUGCCAUUCAAGAUUGGUGAUUAUACCGACUUUUUCGCUGGUAUGAACCAUGCUUACAACUGCGGCGUCAUCUUCAGAGGUCCCCAGAAUGCGCUGCAACCGAACUACAAGCAUCUUCCAGUCGGUUACCACGGUCGAGCAUCUUCAGUAGUUCCAUCUGGAACUCCCAUUCGGCGGCCCAAUGGUCAGAUACUGCUCGAUCCUACUGCGGAGAAGAAGGUGCCUGCUUUUAGCCCGUGCAAGAAGCUAGACAUCGAGCUAGAAUUGGGAGCUUUUGUGUGUGGCUCCAAUGAACAAGGAGUGCCAAUACCAAUUGAGAAAGCUGAGGAGAACUUGUUCGGUAUCGUACUCAUGAACGACUGGUCAGCGAGAGACAUCCAAGCAUGGGAAUAUGUGCCUCUAGGGCCCUUCAAUGCGAAGAACUUCGGCACUACAAUCAGCACUUGGGUUGUACUCGCGGACGCACUGGAACAGUUCAAAAUAAAGGGCUUGGACAAUGACUCGGAGGUGCUACCCUACUUGAAGGAGAAGAGCGAAAAGAGUGUAUACGAUAUCAACCUCGAAGUUGAUGUCAAGACGGCAUCUGGCAACACAACAACGAUAUCGAAAGUGAAUGCACGAAAUCUGUUGUGGUCGUUCCCACAGAUGUUGACACAUCAUACGAUCACGGGAUGCCCUUUCCAACCGGGCGACUUGUUGGGCUCUGGUACCAUCAGUGGUAAUUCUCCAGCUGAGUAUGGAAGUUUCCUGGAGCAGAGCAACAAUGGUAAAGAGACUAUCGCACUGGAAGGCGGUGAAAAGAGGACAUUCUUGGAGGACGGGGAUGAGAUCACAAUCCGAGGUACGUUGAGCUUCUCCAACAUCAUGACUAUCCCCAUCUACAUCGCUGGCGUUGCCGUCUUGGGGUUCUUCUUGUAUAAAUUGCUAUAUGGAACGGACACACCCCAUAUCGAGGGACUGCCAGAAGUCCCUGGUCUUCCUCUCUUCGGAAGCUUGUACGAACUCGGCACGAACCACGCGAAAGUUGCCCAAGGAUGGGCGAAGAAGUACGGCCCCGUCUUCCAGGUGAGGAUGGGAAAUAGGAGGAUCGUAUUUGCGAACUCCUUCGACUCCGUCCGCCAUCUCUGGAUCACAAACCAGUCCGCAAUGAUAUCUCGACCCAUGCUUCACACAUUCCACAAGGUCGUGUCUUCCUCCCAGGGCUUUACCAUUGGUACUUCGCCAUGGGAUGAAUCAUGCAAGAAUCGUCGUAAGGCUGCUGCCACAGCUCUGAACCGCCCCGCCGUACAGUCCUACAUGCCACUCAUAGAUCUCGAGUCUACCGUCUCUAUCAAAGAACUGCUACACGACAGCAAGGGUGGAGAAAUCGAUAUUGAUCCGCGGGCAUACUGGCAAAGAUAUGCUUUGAACACAAGUCUGACACUGAACUAUGGAUACCGGAUAGAUGGAAACAAGGACGCACCUCUGCUUCAAGAGAUCGUAGAUGUUGAGCGUGGUGUCGGAAACUUCCGGUCGACAAGCAACAACUGGCAAGACUAUGUGCCACUUUUGAGACUGUUCCCCAGCCAGAGCAAUGAAGCGAUCAGCUUCCGAAAGAGGAGAGAUGUGUACAUGGAUCGACUACUCAACACCCUGACAGAGAAGAUCGAGAAGGGGACUGAUAAGCCAUGCAUUACCGGCAAUAUCUUGAAAGACCCAGAAGCGAAGUUGAACAGAGCCGAGAUCAAGUCUAUCUGCUUGACCAUGGUAUCAGCAGGUCUCGACACCGUUCCAGGUAACCUCAUCAUGGGCAUUGCAUACCUCGCAACCCCGAAAGGUCAGAAGAUCCAGCGGCGCGCAUACGAAGAGAUUAUGAAAGUCUACCCCAACAACGACGCAUGGGAACGCUGUCUCCACGAGGAGAAGAUCCCAUAUAUCACUGCGCUAUAUAAGGAAAUUUUGCGAUACUGGACCGUCAUUCCUAUCUGUUUACCUAGAGUUUCAAUCAAGGAUAUCGAAUGGAACGGCGUCAACAUACCAGCGGGAACAACAUUCUAUAUGAACGCAUACGCCGCCGAUUAUGACGCGGAACACUUCAAGAAUCCACAGGAGUUUGACCCGGAGCGCUAUUUGGACGUUCCAGAUGGCGCGGGAACACCACACUACGGAUAUGGCGCUGGCUCGCGUAUGUGCGUCGGUUCGCAUCUCGCCAACCGCGAACUCUUCACUGCGUUCGUAAGGCUGAUCUCGGCUUUCGAAUUCACGCCCCCAGUGGACCCGCGGGACGAGCCUGUCAUGGACUGCUUGGAGGCAAAUGCCAUCCCCACCAGCCUGACAAUGGAGCCGAAAUAUUUCAAGGUCGGGUUCAAGCCAAGGAACAGGAAACUGCUGGAUCAAUGGAUCAAGGAGAGUGAAGAGCGGACAAAGGAAUUGAUGUAG